AAAAAUAAUUCUUUCUUUUUUCGAAUUGCUUGAACAAAAUAAUUAACGAAAUCCCUAAUUGAACAACUAGCAACAAAAUCCAAAUUAUCGGCAAUCAUAAAAUCGCUUACGAAUCGUUUGCCUCGCAAUUCUUGGAAAAACCCAGCCUCCUCUCAGCUAAUUUCUCGUCCACCUCGCCCAAAUUGAGAAUUUCUCUCUCUACGCCUCACUACUGAAGAAUCUAUGUUAACACCUGGUUCCUUUGCAACUGGAUCAGCAGUACAAGCGAUGGAAGGAAACUCACUACAUUCUGCAAAUUUUUCUUUCAACGGAAAUGUUCAGUCAGCACAGGCAGAUCAACCGAAUAGAACAAAUGUGAGAGGUGACGGUACUCAAGAAACGGGAGCAAUUACUUCUUCACCAGCCUUUAUGCAGUCUUCUUCUUCUCAGCCCGCCCGUCCAAAUUCAAGUCCCUCAACAACUCAUUUUGCAUCUAACAAGUUCAGCAAUACCACAUGGAUGCCCACUGCCCCGACAUUUCAAGUGCCUACAGGAAUUCUCAAAACUCCUACACCGGGUCCACCUGGACUAACUUCCUCUGCACCUUCUCCGUCAAAUCUAGAUUCCGGUGCACUUAUAAGACCAUUCAUGCAUACCGGCCCUUUUCUCUCUAACCCUUCCAUUCAGCAUAAUGCUGCUCCGCCUGGACCGUGGUUCCGUCCACAGCAGAUCGGUGCUUUUGGUAGACCACCAUUUUCACCAUAUGCUGCUGUUAUUCCUGGUCCCUAUCCAAUGCCGACUCGUGGUACACAACCAGUUUCUGUUUCAUUUCCUGAUAUUCAACCUCCUGGAGUUUCCCAUGCUGCAUCAGCUUCCAUUUCUGGACCGACGGAGUUACCUCCUGGAACUGAUAACAGUAAACAUGGUGGUAAUGCUGUAACAACCAAAGAUGAAGCUCCUACCAAAGAAUUGGAUGCUUGGACUGCACACAGGGCAGAAACUGGGACUAUAUAUUAUUACAACGCAUUGACGGGGGAAUCUACAUACGAGAAACCUUCUGGUUUUAAAGGAGAGUCGAAUAAACCAACUAUGCAGCCAACUCCUAUAUCAUGGGAGAAAUUGAUUGGUACUGACUGGACAACUGUCACCACUAAUGAUGGAAAAGUAUAUUAUUACAAUGCUGCAACCCAGUUAAGUAGCUGGCAAGUACCUAGUGAGGUAACAGAAUUGAGAAAGAAGCAAGAUGCUGAUGCUUUGAAAGCUCAAUCAUUGUCGGCAACAUACACUAAUGUAGUAGCUGAGAAAGGAUCCGACCCUGUUAGUUUAAGUACGCCCGCUGCUAACACAGGUGGCCGUGAUGCGACAGCUGUCAAAUCUUCUAGUGUAUCUGGUUCAUCUUCUGCAUUGGAUCUCAUAAAGAAGAAAUUGCAGGAUUCUGGACUCCCUGAUUCUACUUCUCCAGGCCCAUCUUUGUCAGAAAUUAACGGCUCAAAAUCAAUUGAGUUUCUUGAGAAUGAGAAUAAUAAAGAUAAGCGCAAGGAUGCAAAUGGUGAUGGUGAUUUGUCCAAUUCCUCUUCCGAUUCAGAGGAUGAAGAUGGUGGUCCCACUAAGGAGGAAUGUAUCCUCCAAUUCAAGGAGAUGCUCAAGGAACGAGGAGUGGCUCCAUUUUCCAAAUGGGAGAAAGAACUUCCUAAAAUAGUUUUUGAUGCACGUUUUAAGGCUAUUUCAAACCACAGUGCCCGAAGAGCACUUUUUGAGCACUAUGUCCGCACACGUGCCGAAGAGGAAAGGAAGGAAAAACGAGCCGCUCAGAAAGCUGCUUCGGAGGGUUUCAAGCAGUUACUGGAAGAAGCAAAGGAGGAUAUUGAUCAUAACACUGAUUAUGAAACAUUUAAGAGGAAAUGGGGACAGGAUCACCGGUUUCAGGCCUUGGAACGGAAAGAGAGGGAGUUUUUGUUAAAUGAGAGGGUUUCUCCUCUGAGAAAGAUAGCUCAAGAACGAGCUCAAGCAGAGCGUGCCGCUGCAACAUCUGAUUUCAAGUCGAUGCUUAAGGACAAUGGAGAUGUUACUUCUACUUCCCGUUGGUCCAAGGUCAAGGAUAGCUUAAAAAGUGAUCCCAGGUACAUGUCUGUCAAGCACGAUGAUAGGGAGAAAUUAUUUAAUGAAUACGUAGCUGAACUAAAGGCUGCUGAAGAAGAGACAGUUCGGAAAGCAAGGGCAGUACAAGACGAGGAGGAUAAAAUAAAGGAGAGAGAAAGAGCUCUACGCAAGAGGAAAGAAAGAGAGGAGCAAGAAGUUGAGAGGGUGAGACAGAAAGCUCGACGGAAGGAGGCUAUUGAAUCGUAUCAAGCUUUAUUGGUAGAAACAAUAAAAGAUCCUCAGGCAUCUUGGACAGCAUCAAAGCCUAAGUUGGAUAAGGAUCCUCAAGGACGUGCCGCAAAUCCUCAUUUAGAUAAAUCCGACUUGGAGAAGCUUUUCCGGGAGCAUGUCAAGUCUUUGCACGAGAGAUGCGUGGGGGAGUUUAGAGCUCUAUUGACAGAUGUCAUAACUGCGGAAGCUUCAGCUCGAGAAACAGAAGAUGGUAAAACCGUAAUCACAUCUUGGUCUACAGCUAAACAAGUCCUAAAGAGUGAUCCUAGGUAUAACAAAAUGCCGAGAAAAGAAAGAGAGUCCCUGUGGCGUCGACAUUCUGAGGAGAUCCAACGUAAGCUGAAGAAAGAUAGCGAUCAAGGGGAAAAGCCCGUAGAAGGAAAAAGUAGAGCUUCUGCCGAACCUGGGAAACACUUGUCUGGUUCAGGUAGAACGCACCACAGAAGAUAACUGCCCCUUUCUUUUCGUAUCUUGUGGAUCUUUUAGGUGAGUUGCAAGUUGUAAUAACCUUCUGUGUUAUUUAUUUUGAGUUGGCUAUGUAUUAACUAACAUGAUUUUGCAAUGUGAAUUUUGCCAUAAAUAGAAGAAUUAGGGAAAUUUAUUUGUUUUACAUUUUUAUUAGAUUCUAUUGUGCAUAUUUCGAAUACUUUUUACAUAUUUUUCUGUGUAAAUUGCACUUACUCCCCCUGUGGUUUGAA